CUCAAUGUCACAUAGGCGAUUGCCGAAUUUUGUCCUAGAAUGCAAAAUGACAAAUAUAAAAAUGAAUAACACUAGUUUAACAGUGUUGACAUAAUUUUUCUCCAAGACCAUCAGGUUCUGUGAAGCCAGUUUGUGUCAGCCUGAUAGGACAGUCAGCACAAUGUCUGAGACUGAAAGUGCUGCAGGGGGGCAGCAGCCAGCCACUGACAGGGACAACCUGGAUCGACUGUUGAGGAUCUUCAACGGAGGAACAGGUGUAAGCAUGGGGGACAAGUUAGUGCGAGCUAUUGAAGCACAAGCUGUUUAUGACAGUACACAGGAAACUCAAUAUGAAUGUGAGCUAGCAGAUAUCAUUUUAGCUGCUUUUAAAGGAUGCAGAUUUAGAAGUCUGCCAGAAACUAAAAUAAGAUUGGAGGAAGCCAAGCGUAAAGUAACAAUCAACGACCCGACCCCCCCACCGACCACACGGUUACCACAGAGGGUGAAGACGUUCUAUAUGGAUCCCACGAUGGACAUGAGCAGUCGUAGAGAAGAAAAACCAAGUUGGAAUCAUUACACAAUAAUCAUCCCGAACCUAACGACCAAGUCAGCUCGAGCUCGCUCUAUGAUUGGAGGAACCCCCAUCACCAAGGAAACAGCAAUUGCGCUGCGUAAGAUCACUGUUGGCAGUACAGUACACAGUUUUAGCCGAGACUGGCGUAAGGCAGCACUAGUCUUCCAAGAUGAGUCCACCAAAUAUCCGUGGGGAUUACAGACACAUAGGAAUGGUGCGCGGGCGUUCAUCCUAUGUUUUCAAGCCUACCUCAUGAAACACCUUCUGUUUGGGAAAAAUUACAUCUCUAGUUUUGCUACCAGAAAUGCAUUAAAACCAUCUGACUUUGAACGUCGGAAGGCAUUGAGCAGUGCCAUCUGUGAGAUUCUUUGGCAGGCCGGGAGCCAGACUAGAUGUUGUCUCUGUCUGCAGCAGGAUACAGCAUUUUUUGAUACAGACUAUACUUACAGACUGGAUGGUGUAACAGAGAAGAUAAACUUGUAUGAUUUCAAGAAAUAUUCAGACUUGGAGAUGUUUGUGAAAAGGCACCUUAGCCAUUUUGAGCACGAGAAUUCCAACGGCUGUAUCCUGCUGCUCUACAGUGUUAUUCUCUCCAGAACGAUACCAAAGAUAUUUGAGGACCUGGGGGUGGUGGAGCACCAGGACCGCUUCAAGUUUCUCUCAGACAACGAGGAGUGCCUGCCUGGCCUCAUGAACCUGGUGAUAACUGGAAGGGCCACACAGUUCUACCAUAAUGGCAACAUCAUAUAUGACAGGGAUGGGAACCUUUUGCCGCAGCCAUUAAAGGGUAUGAGGGAAAGAAGUAAUGUUGGUUUGCUGUUCUGGGACAAAAAAGAAGAUGAUGACGAAAGGACCGAGAUUGGGAGUAUGCUGAAAACGCCCAAGAGUCCAAUAUGGUUGACUCUAUUGAACGGCCAGUGGGGACUACUUUUUAGCAACAACCUAGAUCUUGUUUCUGAUUGGAGGGUGGAACAUCACUUUGAUCUGUACUACUACACCGGCCUUAUACAAAAUACCUACGCUAUAAUAACAAUAGAAACAUUGCGGGUAGCCAAGACUGAGACCCCCCGUAACCCGGAGGAAAACUGGGGACAUACGCGGUUCACACGCAGGUUUCGUGUGAAGACAGCCGUGGCUCGCAAGCGAGAGCAGGAGAAAAUCCCGCCCCUGGAGCAGGCCAUCCUCUCAAAGUGGUAUGGGGCCAAUGUUGAUUGGAACGGCAUUUAUCCAUUUGUGUGAAAACCAUCAAAUUAUUUUUCUCAUCCAAUCACGUACAUGACAAUCAGUCAGCCAAUCAGGGAUGUGCUGUUAAAAAAUACCAACCAAUAAGUGACGUUCAUGCAAGACUUCACAGCCUAUCUUAUUGGCUUUCAACAAAGUGAUAACGGUGGUCACAACAAACAUGAUUAAGGAACUACAGCAUGUAGUAUAUAGUCGUCAACAAGUCUUGAAGUUUUGUAGAAUAUUUAACAAAAAUUCCUAACAUCUACACUUGAUGUUGGAACAAUAACGAGUGUGCUUGCUAUUAAUACAGCUGUUUGAAGAUGAUAUGUUUUGUAAUAAUGAUUGUCAGCAUUUUAGGAUAGCUUGAUUAUUUUUAAUAGCAUCUAACCCAUAUUAACACUCAUUGAUACAAGAUUUUUUCUUUACGCCAAAUGUUAACUCAUAACCAUAAGAUAUAAAAAUUACGUUUUAUGCAUUUUAAAAAAAAACAACUUUAAUUGAUAAAGCAGCACUUUAUAUCAGCACAUUUCAACACCAGGUUAAAAUUUGUUAUUUUUCAUUGUUACUUCUUUGAAAGUUAUAAUGGUGAACCAUCAAACAUUUUACUAAUAUGAAUAUUUUUUUAGGCUGAUCAUUUUUUUUCUCUAUCAAUUUAUAUAAUCAUAACAGAUAGAUGAAUUUCUGGUUUUAAUAAAAAAAAAUACACAGUCACCUUGCUUAAGGUGAUGUGCCAUAUCAUUACUGUCAAAUGUUAAAGCUGCACUCUCACAGAUUGAACAUUUUGACAACUUUUUUUAUUUUUUGCCUUGGAACGAGCCAAUUUUUGCGAAAACCAUGGAAAACAGAGGUAUAAGACUGCUGACAAAAAAAAUAGGUCUCAGAUUUUUAUAUUUUAAGUUCAAAAGAUCAUGUUUUAUGUAUUUUUCUUAAACCGUUAGUAAUGGUUUAAAACAUAAAACAUUAAUUUUCGAACAGAAAUAUGCAAAACUGCGCUCUGAUCUUUUGUCUGCAGUCUUAUAUCAUUCGUUUGCAGAUAUUUAUGCAAAAAUUUGCUCUUUCCAAGAUAAAAAAUAAAAACUUGUAAAAAUGGUAAAUCUGUGAGAGUGCAGCUUUAAGGAAAACGUGUAAGGUCAUGUACAUGUAUAUGAAAUGCUGUGUUGUCAACAUUCAUACACUAAAGUCUUAUGAAAUACUUAGUAUCUAGUUGAUGGACCUUUUCUCCUUUGACUAAAUUGCUAAAAUGUUGUAAAAAAAAAGUCAUUAAUUUUUAUUUAUGAAUGUCCAUUUUAUAAACAUUUCAGCAUCCAAUAAGAUGACAAAUUUCACAACCAGUUGGCUUAAAAUAUUGCAAAAUAGCAGAGAUCUCAAACUAUGAAAUAAUUCUACUCUUUUAUAUACCGUAGUUGCGUAGCUCACCUGAGUCCCAAGUUAUUUUGGCCCUGGACCGAUGUUAUUACUUCAAUAUACAUUUGUAUGUGAAAUACGCAGACAAAUCUCUAAACACAAAAACCAUAGCGUUAUUGUUUCAAUUCUGGAUUAAUUGUUUAAAUCAUUGCUUCUGUAUGAUCUUAGUAGGAAUAUGAUCUUGUUUAUUUGUCUUAAACAGAAUUUUUUUAAACCAUUAAGUUUGAUAAGUUUUUGUUUAAGGGACAUUGUUAUAUUAAUGGAAUAGUUUUUUUUAUGUUUUAUAGAGAGUUUUAUGUAUACAGUGUGCAAUAUUAUUUAUACAGACUUUGAUAUAAUCUUAUAAUAAAUACACAUGAAUUAGUUAUUAUUGCUAUUUAAAGAAAUUGAUAUAAAACUGCAUGUAUCAAGUAAAAUUUAUUGGAAAAUAGGCACAUUGCUUUAUCAUGUUUGUAGCUUUUGGCCAAAACCAUUGCAAACAUAAAAACAUGAUCGAAAGAGUGUAACAGCGUAAACAUUUGACCGGAACUAGGAUGAUACGGCUUUGUAAUUUCAGUAAAGCAGAAACACCUCUGGUAAAGCUAGACUGUGUAUGAUUUAGACCGAUUGUACCAUUUACAGUUAAAGUUUUUUUGCAUAAAAACAAUGUAUACAUAUUUUAUAUUUAUAAUGAACAAUUCAUAUAUGAAGUACACAGCAUUUUUUCAUGACUAAUAACCUAUUAGCAUAGACUCAGUCAUAAUAUUUAUGGUAUCUUGUCUUUGUUGAACACAUAAGCUGCAAACCAUUCGUAAAGCUUUGGAAUGUCAUAAAUGUAUGGCACCGGUUGUAUAAGAAAAACACAUUAUUUAUGUAAAUUUUGAGUGACUUUCAAUAUAAAGAUGGAUGUGUUAUGUUACAUUGCACCAUGUCUAUUGUUGUGUAAACUAUGUACUGUAUGCCCAAGAUAAUAUCGACUAAAUUACUUGAUAACCAUUCAACAAAAUGAAAGUCGGCAUAAUACAGUCAUUUUGCCAUCCUUUUUUUUUUCUCUUCUAAUUUGCUUUUUUGAACUAAUACAAUAAGUGUUUGAAAUAACCAGAUUAUCGUGGGCAGUCAGUUUAUAUUUCGUAAGUGAUUACAUAUUAACUAUUCAAACUACUGUUUAAGAUGCUAUCCUUAAUUAUAUAAAAGUUUGAUGUAUUGUAAGAUGUUAUGUUAUGUUGUAAUUUAUAAUCUGUGAUAGUUUGUCCGUCUAUUUUGUUUUCAUGAGUUUAAACUACAACAACAUUAAGUCUAUUGCGGGCGAGUCUAGAGAAAAGGAGAGAAUCAGAACUUACUCUCAACAUAUUAUUUCAUUAAAAAUAUUGUCACACUGUAAAUUAAGAUAUAUAUAUAUUUCUUAUCUACAUGUAUGAAUUUCCCCCCAAAUCACUUUUUAUUGGCUACUCGAAAAUCAGAUCCAUUUAAUAAUUUUGAAGUUAUAAAAAAUCUCAUUUUAGUGACGGGAAGCCGGAAUGUUGAGAUUGUCCAUUAACUUCUGGCUCCAAUUUCUCAGACCAUCUUAAGUCCCUUAUUACAGGGAUUAACCCUUUACUUCAUGUAAACCUAAGCCAUUUCAGGCUGCCAGUUCAUGGCUUAUCAGUUCAUAUCAGUACCCCUACUUCAUAGGAGAUUAUUGAUAUUAUUGGAAUUUUAACCCUAAUGUAUUACAAACCUAUUUUCUUAGUAUUUCUUUUGGUUUAAUCAAUAAGUCAUCAAUGUAAAGUUUAUAGAGAAUUAAAUUUCCAAUCCAGUCAUAUAAAUUUUAUUUUGUUAUCUAAAUUAUUUCCGCAUGAUAUUCAUAAACAAACAGAAAAAUAUGUCAAAUUUGAUGAAAAUUAAUUUUUAUUACACUUUUAUUUAUCAAACACAACACGAAAUAUUAUAUAAACAACAUAUUUUUAUAAUUCAUUUAAUGCAACCUGAAUUGAAACAAAGAUGGACAGAAUUAAAAAAUAGUUCACAACAAAGAAGCACGGUAUAUUUAUAUAUAUGAUACAGAAGAAAAAAAAAGUUGAUCAACAGUCACAGUACGUAUAACUUUCGGUUAUUUAACACUACAAUGAACAAAUAAAGUUAUUAUUCAACUACUAAAUGAGGCCUGCAUGUUAUUGUUUACUAAAUUUAUAUCGUUUAUUGCAUGUCCAUGUAUUGUCAUUUGGGUUUGAUUUUAAAAAUCCUCAUUUCUCGUAUCCUUGUGUGCGUGACGCCGAGGUCUGAAUUCUCGACGUCGUACUCAAUGUCUCAAACUCAUUUUAAUUGAAGCCAGACUGUUCCGAUUCGUCAGACAAACACUGAAAUAUAAAUGACAUUAUUCAGGAAUGUUGUUUAAAACUGAAGUUAACAAGGGCAGAAAUUAGCUCUACAUUGCAUUCUUGUGUAUUCGAAAACACGUGUUUCAACAGCUGAUCGAUGUUAAAUUGGGUCAUGUCAAAGUUUAACAAUAGGGAUAGUCAUUAUUUUAUAACACAUUUGUACUUACUUUCAAUUUGUAGAAGCAGAUGCGCAUUUUUAUGACCGGAUUAGCGAAACAGAAGUGACACAUAUGUCCCAUAUAAUGAUUUAUGGCCUUUGUUUAUACAAGCCAGAUGAUUUUUUGUUUAUCCAACAUGGCCGACAUUUUGACACGUUUUCGAACCAUGACCUGUGACGUCAGGCGCGUGAUCAAUAAAAUAUAGUUGUAUUAUUGGUAGUUAAUUAUAACUUGCAGUAUUGUGUAAAUUUCCACGAGGAAAACGAGACAGAAAUGCCCACAAACCUGCGCAGUCAACGUUUUACGCAUCUUUGAUACCAGUGACCUUAUUUCGCGAUUUUCCGAAAUUCUUUAAAUAGUAACAUAGUGUUUUUUUUAGUGCAUUGUAUUUAUCGAUGUUUAUACUUCAUGAAUAUGAAUUUAUAGCGCAUAAACAAGCAUCAGGUAUGAAAAUAAAUGCCCCUACAUUACGAAUACGUAGGAUUACGUAUCUAUGAAGCUAUGGAUAAAACGUUAAGAUCCGUAUCUAUGAAGCUAUGGAUAGAUAAGUAAAAUUGCGUAUCUAUGAAGUAAAGGGUUAAGCUAACUUAUCAACAUAUUUUGUAAUUGAAAUCAUUUGUUUAAUAUUCUCCAUUUGAAGAGUAUUUGAUACUUUUAAAGGAAAAUAACCUUAUGAUAGUCAUUAUUGACAGCCUAUUAUGUUGUAAAUUCAAGAUGAAGUAGGUUAUUUGGCUAAAAAAAAUUACUUAAGCUUGUGUUGGUUAAGAUUUUUUGAGGAAUUCGGGCCUUCUGUACUUGAAUGUGCUUUAUAUUUACAAUUGUUACAUGAUGUUUCCAUGAUUGUUAACAAAAAAACCACUUGCUGUUUUUAACAGUGAACAUUCCUGUGCUAAAUAAACAGCAUUAUCAACA